UGUACCUCCUCACAUUUCUGCCGAUACCAGACAAGGGCCAAUUCUUAGGAAUCAAUUAUUCCCCCCCCCCAUCCAUUGUCUCUACUUCCUCACUUCUUCUACACACAACUCUACUAUCCCGCAUCUCAGAGCUCAUAUACCUUCUUCUACUCCGCGCAUUCUACGUCUUGCUGCUGUUUGAAGCCAGUUUACCAUUUACCCUAUUCUCUUUUAAUACAGAUUCCCGCAAUCCACCCUUAAUUAUCGACUCCGAGCUCAACCACAACUACUCUUCCGCGAUAAGAAGACAUUCCUGCUCUUAACUGAGUAUCUGGAAUCUCGAGAACCAGACUUCCUACCGCAACCUCCUCUAUACCAACAUGCUGGGAACGUCCACAGGACCCCAGACUGGCGUUUCGACGCCACGAUCGUCAUCCUCUCUCCGACCCCUCACCCUCACACAUGGAUCCCUCGAGCACUCCUUCCUAAUCCCUACAAACCUCCACUUCCACGCCUCCCAGAUCAAGGACCAGUUCCUUGCCUCUCUCCCGGAGCCAACAGACGAACUCGCACAGGAUGACGAGCCUUCCUCGGCAGCAGAGCUCGUGGCGCGAUACCUGAGCUUCAUCGCGGCAGAGGUCGAGUCCGGAGAGGACGAUGCGCAGGGAUCAUACGAAGAGGUCCUCAAGCUCGUUCUCAACGAGUUCGAGCGCGCCUUCCUGCGCGGCAACGAUGUCCACGCCUUGAGCGGCGGCAUUCCCGGCAUUGACCAGAAGAAGCUGGAGACCGUGCGGGGAUACUAUGCCGCGCGCGCCGCGAGCAACAGGCCCAUCAGAUCCCACCAGUCUGCGCUCCUGAGAGCCGCAGGCGAGGGCACUGCCAAGAUCUACUCUGUCUUCGGUGGACAGGGAAACAUUGAGGAGUACUUCGACGAGCUCAGGGAACUUUACAACACCUACCAGUCUUUCAUUGGCGAGCUCAUCACUUCGUCGGCUGAGCUGCUCCUGACUCUCUCGCGCGACCCCAAGGCUGAGAAGCUGUACAUCAAGGGACUGGAUAUCAUGACCUGGCUGCGCCACCCAGAGUCGACCCCAGAUGUCGACUACCUCGUUUCUGCGCCAGUCAGCUUCCCACUGAUUGGUCUCGUCCAGCUUGCACACUACAGUGUUGCUUGCAAGACCCUUGGUCUCACCCCAGGCGCAUUCCGCGAGAGGCUCAGCGGAACCACCGGACACUCUCAGGGUGUUGUCCUUGCUGCUGCUACUUCGGCAGCCGACAGCUGGGAGUCGUUUGAUAAGAUUGCCACCCAGUCUCUUACCAUCCUUUUCUGGAUCGGCUCUCGCAGCCAGCAGACCUACCCGACAACUUCCCUUGCACCUAAUGUGCUGCAAGAUUCCGAGGAGAAUGGCGAGGGCAUGCCCACACCCAUGUUGAGCAUCCGUGAUCUUUCAAGAGACCAGAUCCAGGAGCACAUCGAUGCUACCAACCAGUACCUUCCCGAGGACCGCCACAUCUCGAUCUCGCUGGUCAACAGCGCUCGCAACCUUGUCGUAACGGGACCUCCUCUCUCGCUCUACGGUCUUAAUCUUCAACUCCGUAAGGUCAAGGCACCAACUGGGUUAGAUCAGACCAGAAUCCCCUUCACUGAGCGCAAGGUCAGAUUCGUGAACCGCUUCUUGCCAAUUACCGCCCCAUUCCACAGCAAGUACCUCUCUAGCGCGACAAGCAACAUCGACGAGGACUUGAAGGACGUUGUCAUCUCCAGCAAGGAUCUUGGUAUCCCCGUUUUCGACACCAACACUGGUAAGGACCUGAGGGAGCAGGUCGAAGGCAACAUCGUGCCAACGCUUGUGCGCCUGAUUACCCAGGAGCCAGUCAACUGGGAGAAGGCUACUGUCUUCCCCCAAGCCACCCACGUCCUUGACUUUGGUCCAGGUGGUAUCUCCGGUCUUGGUGUCUUGACCAGCCGUAACAAGGAUGGAACUGGUGUCCGCGUCAUUCUCGCUGGCACUAUUGCCGGUACCGUGCCGGAAGUUGGUUACAAGCCAGAGCUCUUCGAUCGUGAUGAGGAGCACGCCGUGAAGUACGCCGUCGACUGGCUCAAAGAGCACGGUCCUCGUCUUAUCAAGACAACCAGCGGCCAGACCUACGUCGACACAAAGAUGAGCAGACUUCUAGGAGUCCCUCCCGUUAUGGUGGCUGGUAUGACCCCCUGCACAGUUCCUUGGGACUUUGUUGCCGCAACUAUGAAUGCCGGUUACCAGGUUGAGCUUGCUGGUGGUGGAUACUACAACGCCGCGACCAUGACCGAAGCCCUGACCAAGAUCGAGAAUGCUAUCCCCGCAGGCCGUGGAAUCACAGUCAACCUCAUCUACGUCAACCCCCGCGCUAUGCAGUGGCAGAUCCCUCUCCUUGGUCAACUCCGCGCACAGGGAGUUCCUAUCGAGGGUCUCACCAUCGGUGCCGGUGUGCCAUCCAUCGAGGUCGCACAGGAGUACAUCGAGACUCUUGGUCUGAAGCACAUCUCGUUCAAGCCAGGAUCCAUCGAUGGUAUCCAGUCCGUCAUAAACAUCGCCAAGGCCAACCCCACUUUCCCUGUCAUGAUGCAGUGGACUGGCGGACGCGGUGGCGGUCAUCACUCCUUCGAGGAUUUCCAUCAGCCAAUCCUGCAAAUGUACGGCAGAAUCCGCAGAUGCGAGAACCUCAUUCUCGUUGCUGGCAGCGGCUUCGGUGGUGCUGAGGAUACCUACCCUUACAUCACCGGUACCUGGUCUUCCAACUUUGGUUACCCACCCAUGCCCUUCGACGGAUGCCUUUUCGGCAGCCGUGUGAUGACCUCCAAGGAGGCUCACACCAGUCUUAACGCCAAGAAGGCCAUCACUGAGGCAGAGGGCGUAGAGGACAGCCACUGGGAGAAGACCUACAAGGGUCCCGCUGGAGGUGUCAUCACCGUCCGCUCGGAGAUGGGCGAGCCGAUCCACAAGCUCGCUACCCGCGGUGUCAAGUUCUGGGCCGAGAUGGACCAGAAGAUCUUCAGCCUGCCCAAGGAGAAGCGCGUGCCAGAGCUGAAGAAGAACCGUGCCUACAUCAUCAAGAAGCUCAACGACGACUUCCAGAAGGUCUGGUUCGGUCGCAACAAGGCUGGCGAGACUGUCGAUCUCGAGGAUAUGACUUAUGGUGAGGUUGUUCGUCGUUUGGUCGAUCUGCUUUACGUUAAGCACGAGGCGCGCUGGAUUGAUAAAUCUUACACUAAGCUUACGGGAGAUUUCAUCUACCGUGUUGAGGAGCGCUUUACCAAGGGCAAGGGUAACCCCUCGCUGCUCCAGAGCUACGCUGAGCUCAACGAGCCUUACGCGACUGUGGAGAGGAUUCUCGAGUCUUACCCUGAGGCUGAGACUCAGCUUAUCAACGCACAGGAUGUUCAGUUCUUCCUCCUCCUUUGCCAACGCCGUGGCCAGAAGCCAACUACCUUCGUCCCUGUUCUCGACGAAAACUUCGAGUUCUUCUUCAAGAAGGAUUCGCUGUGGCAGUCUGAGGAUCUUGAGGCCGUCAUUGGCCAGGAUGUUGGCAGGACUUGUAUCUUGCAGGGCCCAACUGCCGUGAAGUACUCCAAGAUUGUCGAUGAGCCCAUCAAGGAUAUUCUUGAUGGCGUCCACAACGCUCACAUCGAGGGCUUGACUAAGGACAUCUACAACGGUGAUGAGUCUGCCAUUCCGGUCACCGAGUACUUUGGCGGCAAGCUCGUCGAGUCUGAUGCCGAGGCUGAGUUCGAGGGUUUGAUUGUCAACCAGGAUGCUGAGAAGACCACUUACCGCCUGUCUUCGUCCCCAUCGGCUACCCUGCCGUCAUUGGAUGCUUGGCUCACCCUCCUCGCUGGCUCCAAGCGUUCGUGGAGACAUGCUCUUUUCACCUCUGAGAUCUUUGUCCAGGGGCAAAAGUUCCAGACCAACCCUAUGAAGCGUAUUCUCACGCCAGUCCGUGGAUUGUUCGUCGAGGUCCAAUACCCGAACGACCCAUCCAAGACCGUCAUCACCGUCAAGGAGCAGCCAAGACCCAACCACUACGUCCAGGUCAUCGAGGUCAAGCUCGAGGGAAGCAACAAGAUUGCCGUCAACAUCACCAAGGACACCACCGCUCUCGGAGAGCCAGUUGACCUUGAGUUGAAGUUCAGGUACCACCCUGAGGCCGGCUAUGCUCCAAUCCACGAGGUUAUGGAGGACCGCAACGACCGCAUCAAGGAGUUCUACUGGAAGGCGUGGUUCGGUACCGAGAAGCUCGACUUGGACGCAUCUGUUACCGGCGAGUUCGAUGGUGGAAGCGCCACUGUUACCGGUGAGGCUAUCAAUGACUUCGUCCACGCCGUUGGCAACAAGGGUGAGGCUUUCGUGUCGAGACCCGGCAAGGAGGUGUAUGCCCCCAUGGACUUCGCCAUCGUCGUCGGCUGGAAGGCUAUUACCAAGCCCAUCUUCCCACGCACGAUCGAUGGUGACCUGCUCAAGCUCGUCCAUCUCUCCAACGGUUUCCGCAUGCUUCCUGGUGCGGACCCAUUGAAGGAGGGUGAUGAGGUUGCCACCACUGCACAGAUCAAUGCUGUUAUCAACCAGGAUUCCGGCAAGAUGGUUGAGGUUAUGGGCACGAUUACCCGUGAGGGCAAGCCUGUUAUGGAGGUUACUUCGCAGUUCCUGUACCGCGGUGCCUACACCGAUUUCGAGAACACCUUCCAGCGCAAGACUGAGGUGCCUAUGCAGUUGCACUUGGAGUCUAGCAAGGAUGUUGCCGUGCUGCGCUCCAAGGAGUGGUUCAACGUUGAGGAGACCGAUAUUGAUCUCCUCGGCCAGACUCUGAUUUUCCGUCUCCAGAGUUACUACCGCUUCAAGAACAAGACUGUCUUCAGCAGCGUCGAGACCAGGGGACAAGUUCUCCUCGAGCUCCCAACUAAGGAGAUCAUCCAGAUCGCCACUGUUGACUACGAGGCUGGUGUCUCCCACGGUAACCCAGUCAUCGACUACCUCCAGCGCCACGGCUCCUCCAUCGAGCAGCCCAUCAACUUCGAGAAUGCCAUCCCGCUCAACGGUAAGGCGCCUCUGCAGCUCAGGGCCCCUGCAUCGAACGAGACCUACGCUCGUGUCUCCGGUGACUUCAACCCCAUCCACGUUUCUCGCGUGUUUGCCAGCUACGCCAACCUGCCCGGUACCAUCACCCACGGCAUGUACUCCAGUGCUGCCGUGCGCAGUCUCGUUGAGACCUGGGCCGCUGAGAACCACAUCGGUCGCGUGCGGAGCUUCCACGCUUCGCUGGUCGGCAUGGUUCUGCCUAACGAUGAUAUUGAGGUCAGACUGCAGCAUGUUGGCAUGGUUGCUGGUCGCAAGAUUAUCAAGGUUGAGGCGAGCAACAAGGCUACUGAGGAGAAGGUUCUCCUUGGUGAGGCGGAGGUGGAGCAGCCUGUCUCGUCGUAUGUCUUUACUGGACAGGGAUCGCAGGAGCAGGGUAUGGGUAUGGAGCUUUAUGCUAGCAGCCCUGUUGCGAAGGAGGUUUGGGAUCGGGCUGAUAAGCAUUUCAUGGAUACUUAUGGCUUCGCUAUCACCAACAUCGUCAAGAACAACCCCAAGGAGCUAACCAUCCACUUCGGUGGCCCCCGCGGAAAAGCCAUCCGCCAAAACUACAUGGCCAUGACCUUCGAGACCGUCGCCUCAGACGGCACCACCAAGUCGGAGAAGAUCUUCAAAGAAGUCGACGAGAACACCACCUCGUACACCUACCGCUCCCCCACCGGCCUCCUCUCCGCCACCCAAUUCACCCAGCCCGCCCUGACCCUGAUGGAAAAAGCCAGCUUCGAAGACAUGCUCUCCAAGGGCCUCGUCCAGCGCGACAGCAGCUUCGCGGGUCACUCCCUCGGCGAGUACUCCGCCCUCGCUGCCCUCGCAGACGUCAUGCCCAUCGAGUCUUUGGUUUCUGUCGUCUUCUACAGAGGUCUCACCAUGCAAGUCGCCGUCGAGCGCGACGCCACGGGCCGCUCGAAUUAUUCCAUGUGCGCCGUGAACCCCUCGCGCAUCAGCAAGACCUUCAACGAGCAGGCGCUGCAAUACGUCGUUGAGAAUAUCGCCGAGGAGACAAAGUGGUUGUUGGAGAUUGUGAACUACAAUAUCGCCAAUAUGCAGUACGUCUGCGCUGGCGACCUGCGCGCGCUCGAUACUCUCACGGGUGUGACGAAUUACCUCAAGGCGCAGAAGAUCGAUAUCCAAGCCCUGAUGGAAACUCUCAGCAUCGAGGACGUGAAAGCGCACCUGGUUGAAAUCAUCCGCGAAUGCGCGCGCCAGACCGAGACAAAGCCCAAGCCGCUCGACCUCCAACGUGGAUUCGCAACCAUCCCGCUCAAGGGCAUCGACGUACCCUUCCACUCCACCUUCCUCCGCUCAGGUGUCAAGCCGUUCCGUUCCUUCCUGCUGAAGAAAAUCAAUAAGACGACGAUUGAUCCGAGUAAGCUGAUUGGGAAGUAUAUCCCCAAUGUCACGGCGAGGCCGUUUGAGAUCACGAAGGAGUACUUUGAGGAUGUGUAUCGUCUGACCAAUAGUCCGAAGAUUAAGGAUGUGCUUGCGAAUUGGGAGAGUUAUCAGGAUGGGUCAAGCGGGAGGGAGGGGAGUGAGAGUAGCUUUGAGCAUGUGCAGGUUGAGCAGGCGGAGGGGACGGAGACGGAUGCUUCGUAGGUGUGUGGGUGGGGGGAUUAGAUAGAUGAGUUUUUGGGAGAGAGGAGGAGGGGGAACUUUUUUUAUAUAUCUGUAGAGAAGCGCGCUGUUGUCUUUUUUAAUGUAGAAAGGGAUGAAUUAAAAUAAAUGGUUUAAGAAUAAUUUCCGG